UGUGCCACUGUAAACUGUUAAUUUAUGCUUACAAAAUCUGAUUUAUAUUAUUUUUGUGGUGUCAAGUGAUACCACUGUCCUUAACGUGGGUCCGCUCCUGUUAUUUGCCCAAACCAGUUUGGGGUUAUUGAGAUGAUAUAUGUUUUAGUUCUAAGAGACAAAAAUUAUCUGUAUCCGAAUUGUGUUACCAACUUCAAACACUCAUCAGAUCAUUAAACGGUGUGAUUUUGGUGAAUUCAUUAGUUAAACUAAGGUUUGACAGUAUCAAGCGGGAUUCUGGAGUAUUCAGCCGUAUGAUUGAGAUACAAAAACUGAUAAAAGCCCUUUCAAGUGUUGCGGGUAAUGGUUCCACAAAUGUCAACUCAUGAAUGUUUAAAACUUGUUUUACAUUCAGCAUGACAAUCAGGCUCGUCUCAAUAUAACUAGGAGCUUAAAGAAGUUCCAUGAAAGUUGUUAAGCAUGCUGCAUUUGAAGGAAACACCAUGGGAAGGAGUCUAAUGUAGUUAAUUAGACAAAUUAUGUUUUAGAAUUAUUAUUAGUAAACAAAUUUUUGAUUUAUUUAAAUAUAAGUAGACAAAUUAUAUAGGUGUGGACUUAAGUAGACAAAUUUUGUUUUACACAGUUUCAUCUGCUUGGGAUCAAUUCAACUCAUAUGUAAAGAGACCACAAUUAUAAUUAAUAAAAAUACACAUUAGUUGUUUUUAAAAACAAAUAUGCGCUAAAUUUAUAAAAUAAAUAAACAAUACAUACACACAUACGCGGACAUACCACUAGUAAAGUAAAGUUUGCUACGAAUAAAUAAAUAAUACGAUACCGACCAAUAAAUGUGAAAAUUCAUCUGUGGUAAAAAAAACCGUUAGUUAUAAAAAAGACGAAGAAAUGCAAAAACCCUUAAAUAAAUAAAAAAGGGAAGAAAAAGGAAAAAGAAAAACCCUAUUCGCUCACUCUUACUCUCCGACAACAACUACUCCAGCAGCAGCCUCUGUCUGCUUCGGGGAGAUCAAUCAAUUCAAACCAUGGCGCAAUCUCUCGAGCUUCUCUUGAUCCAAUUCCUCAUGCCCGACAACGACGCUCGUCGUCAAGCCGAGGAUCAGAUCAAACGCCUCGCCAAGGAUCCUCAAGUCGUCCCCGCCUUAGUUCAACACCUCCGCACCGCUAAAACCCCCAACGUCCGCCAGCUCGCCGCCGUCCUCCUCCGUAAAAGAAUCACCGGACAUUGGGCCAAGCUUUCUCCGCAGAUGAAACAGGAAGUUAAACAGUCUUUAAUCGAAAGCAUUACCGUAGAGAAUAGUCCACCUGUGAGGCGUGCGAGUGCCAAUGUUGUGAGUGUGGUAGCGAAGUACGCUGUUCCAGCUGGAGAGUGGCCUGACUUGUUAACAUUUCUCUUCCAGUGUAGUCAGAGUGCUCAAGAAGACCAUCGUGAAGUAGCAUUGAUCCUUUUCAGCUCUUUGACUGAAACUAUUGGGAACACGUUUAGGCCAUACUUUGCUGAUUUGCAAGCUCUUCUUCUCAAGUGUAUGCAAGAUGAAAGCAGCAGCCGUGUCAGAAUUGCUGCUCUCAAGGCAGUGGGCUCUUUUCUUGAGUUCACAAGCGACGGGGAUGAUGUGGUCAAGUUCCGAGAUUUCAUUCCAAGCAUAUUGAACGUGGCGAGGAAAUGUAUUGCAUCUGGCGAGGAGGAUGUUGCAAUACUUGCUUUUGAGAUUUUUGAUGAGCUGAUCGAGUCUCCUGCUCCUCUUCUUGGAGAUUCUGUCAAAUCGAUCGUGCAGUUCUCUCUUGAAGUCUCAUGUAAUCAAACCCUUGAAAAUAGCACCCGUCACCAGGCGAUCCAAAUAGUUUCAUGGUUGGCAAAGUACAAAUACACUUCCCUUAAAAAACACAAGCUAGUCAUACCAAUUUUGCAAGUUAUGUGCCCUUUACUCGCCGAGUCAUCUGAUCAAGAAGACGAUGAUGAUGAUCUCGCUACUGAUCGUGCAGCUGCUGAAGUUAUUGACACACUAGCUAUGAACCUGCCAAAGCAUGUGUUCCCCACUGUUUUCGAGUUCUCUUCCAUGUAUAGUCAGAGCACGGAUCUGAAGUUUCGGGAAGCUUCUGUAACUGCUCUAGGUGUUAUAUCAGAGGGUUGCUAUGAUCUUAUCAAAGAGAAGCUGGACAUUAUUCUAAAUAUAGUCUUGGGAGCUUUAAGAGACCCUGAGAGAAUGGUUCGAGGGGCUGCAUCUUUUGCGCUAGGCCAGUUCGCCGAGUAUCUCCAGCCUGAGAUCCUGUCACACUAUCAGAGUUUUCUUCCGUGUGUUUUGAAUGCGAUUGAAGAUACAUCUGAGGAAGUGAAGGAGAAGUCAUACUAUGCUUUAGCAGCCUUCUGUGAGAACAUGGGAGAGGAGAUAGUUGCUUACCUUGAUCCUUUAAUGGGGAAGCUCAUGGCAGCUCUCCAAAACAGUCCUCGUAAUCUGCAAGAGACUUGCAUGUCAGCAAUUGGGUCGGUUGCUGCUGCUGCAGAGCAAGCAUUCAAUCCAUACGCUGGGAGGGUUUUAGAGUCGAUGAAGUUCUUCAUGGUGCUGACUAAUGACGAGGAUCUUCGUGCCCGUGCACGGUCUACUGAGCUUGUAGGGAUCGUCGCAAUGUCUGUUGGGAGAAAAGGGAUGGAGGCCAUUUUGCCGCCUUUCAUCGAUGCCGCAAUAUCGGGAUUUGGAUUGGAGUACAGUGAGUUGCGAGAAUAUACUCAUGGAUUCUUCAGCAACGUAGCUGAAAUAUUGGAUGACACUUUUGCCCAGUAUCUACCUCGUGUUAUGCCGUUAGUAUUUGCUUCGUGCAAUCUUGAUGAUGGGUCUGCUGUCAACAUUGAUGAGUCAGACGAUGAAAGUGUCAACGAUUUUGGUGGGGUGUCCUCUGAUGAUGAAGCUCAUGAUGAGCCCAGGAUUCGGAACAUAAGUGUAAGAACAGGAGUUUUGGAUGAGAAGGCAGCUGCGACUCAAGCUCUUGGCUUGUUUGCACUCCACACUAAAUCUUCUUUUGCACCCUACCUUGAGGAAUCACUGAAGAUCAUGGACAAACAUUCUGGAUAUUUUCAUGAAGAUGUUCGGCUUCAAGCAGUCACUGGUUUGAAACAUAUAUUGGCCGCAGCACAUGCCAUAUUCCAGACUCAUAAUGAUGGAACUGGGAAGGCAAAUGAAAUUCUUGAUACCGUUAUGAAUAUUUAUAUCAAAGCCAUGGCCGAGGAUGACGACAAGGAGGUUGUUGCUCAGGCUUGCUUGAGCAUUGCAGAUAUCAUGAAGGAUUAUGGUUACGUAGCCAUUCAAAACUAUUUACAACCCCUUGUUGAUGCGACAUUGCUACUGCUGAGGGAGAAAGCAGCUUGCCAGCAGUUAGAAGAUGAGAGUGAUGACGAUGAUGAUGAUGCUGGACAUGAUGAGGUCCUCAUGGAUGCAGUUUCCGACCUCCUCCCCGCCUUUGCAAAGUGUAUGGGGUCUCACUUUGAGCCCGUCUUUGCAAGUUUCUUCGAGCCGUUGAUGAAAUUCGCGAAAGCUUCACGUCCCCCACAGGAUAGGACAAUGGUAGUUGCUAGUCUUGCUGAAGUUGCUCAAGACAUGGGUGCUCCAAUCGCUGCUUAUGUUGAUAGGAUAAUGCCAUUGGUGCUCAAAGAAUUGGGGUCACGUCAUGCAACCAAUAGAAGGAAUGCAGCUUUCUGUGUCGGAGAGCUAUGCAAAAACGGGGGUGAAACUGCUCUUAAAUAUUUUAAUGAUGUGCUACGUGGAAUAUACCCGCUUUUUGGGGAGUCAGAAACAGACCUUGGUGUUAGGGAUAAUGCAGCAGGUGCUACCGCAAGGAUGAUUGUUGUUCAUCCUCAACUAGUCCCGCUAAAUCAAGUACUUCCAGUGUUGCUAAAAGGUUUACCUCUUAAGGAAGACCAAGAGGAGUCCAUGGCUGUAUAUAGCUGUAUAUAUUCACUUGUUUUGGCAUCGAAUCCACAGAUCGUCUCACACGUUCCGGACCUGGUUAAGAUCUUCGGACAAGUAGUGGAGUCGCCAGUAGAGAAAGCAGAAGUGAAAGCAAUUGUAGGGAGAACUUUCUCCCACCUGAUAUCGGUUUAUGGCGAUCAGUUGCAUCCACUAAUAAGUGGUCUACCACCUUCUCAAGCUAACGCUCUUGCUGCGUUUGCUUCUACUGGCUGAUCAUCUCUCUCUCUCUUGUGAUCUAUAUAUACUAUCUCUCAAAAGCUGAAAACUGUCUUGAGGUAUUUUGUUUGUUUGUUUUUUAAAAAUCCAUUCUUGCUCAUUUGAGCCACAAAUCUUUGGUUUUAGAUAUCUUGAUUAGCAUUUGGGGAAGAGGGUGUGUUGCUGUAUGUUCCUUUCUCUAGAGUUUUGUCCUCAUUGUUCAUCUUAUUUCUCCAUUUAUUUAUAAUUUUCUAAGUUUGCAAGUUAUAUGAGUGGGGAUGGGUAAAAUGGUUGGCUGUAUUUUACCCUAUAUAUGUUUUUGACAAUAUGUUUCAAUUUUCUUGUUGUUUUUAAUUGAUUCAUAUAUGGAGUUUUCUUACUUC